AUGUUCACCUUCUGCCAUGUUUUGCCAAUGGAGGAAGGAGGGAGGAUGCCUCCUCUCUUAAUGACUCGAAAUAUGUUUUGUUGUAUCUGUGGCAUUAACAUUCCUUCGUGGGGCAAACAUCACAUAUAUUGCGUAAACAGGCUUAAGUUGAAGUCAUUCGGCUGCAUACGGCAGCGCUACCUGGAAAAAGAGAAAAUCUAG